AGCGGAUUAAAAACAGCACCUCAGAGUACGGAAGUGAGAAAGGCCCCAAGACUCUGGGUCCCAGUGAGGGCCGGGCUGAUCGCCAGCGGCACCGCCAAGCUCCUCCCUCCCAAGGAAACGAAACUGACAGCCUCGGCUCCACCUGUGGAAGAGAUCCAGCCCCGCCCCCAAGGAAACGAAACUGACAGCUGCCGGCUCUACCUGUGGAAUAGAGCCAGCCUGGCCGUCCCCAGAGGCGCUUCUGCAGCCGCUGCAGACACGACGGCCCCGGUCCUCCUGACCACCGCGAUGGCCCUCGGAAACACCGCCCCCAAGGAGCUGGACAAGUUCAUCGAAGACCAUCUCCUGCCUGACACCGCUUUCCGCACAGAGGUCAAACAUGCCAUCAACAUGAUCUGCGAAUUCCUGAAGGAAAGAUGUUUCCGAGGUGCCCGCCACCCUGUGCGGGUGUCCAAGGCGGUGAAGGGUGGCUCCUCCGGGAAAGGCACGACCCUUAGAGGACGGUCUGACGCUGACCUGGUCGUUUUCUUCACAAACCUCGGCAGUUUUCAGGAGCAGAUAUCAUGCCGGGCAGAGUUCAUCACGGAGAUUAGGAAACAACUGGAAGAAUAUCAAACAUGUAACUCACAAGAAACAUUUCACGUGACGUUUAAAUCCCAGAAUUCACGAUGGUCCAACCCCCGCGUGCUCAGCUUUGAGCUGAGUUCCCCGUGGUUCCCAGGGAGGACGGUGGAGUUUGACGUGCUGCCCGCCUUCGACGCACUGGGUCAGGUCACCAAAGCCUAUAGACCAGAUCCCGAAGUCUACAUCAGGCUCAUCCAUGAGUGCACCUCCAAGCAGACAGAGGGCGAGUUCUCCACCUGCUUCACCGAGCUCCAGAGAGCCUUUGUGAAGCAGAGGCCAACCAAGGUGAAGAGCCUCAUCCGCCUCGUCAAGCACUGGUACCAGCUGUGCAAGGAGGAGCUUGAGGGUCCCCUGCCACCGCAGUACGCGCUGGAGCUGCUGACCAUCCAUGCCUGGGAAAGUGGGAGCGGAAGAACCUCUUUCAACAUGGCCCAGGGAUUCAAGACCGUCUUGGAGUUAGUUACGGGCUACCAGCAGCUCUGCGUCUACUGGACGGAGUAUUACGACUUUGAAAACCCCAUUAUUAGCUGGAGCAGACAGUGGAGGCUAUAGCGCAUCCUGGCAAGCAAAUAUCAGCACAAGCCUAAGCCCUGACUUGCUCCAGCGCACCUCAGCUCCGCAGGCCCAGGAGACCUGGUCAUGCACCGUCCUGUGAACUCUGGGCCUCUGGGGGGCUAAGGGGGUACAGUAGGUCCGAGAGAUGACCAGAGAGACACAAAGAAGACAGGGAUAUUCAGCCUUGAUUUCCACCCGUGCCCCAUUCGUGAUUGAUGACAAUAAAAAUGACAGCAGGUUCA